GCCUUUGACUCAGGCAGUCAUGGUUACUCCAGUGUUCUCCAUACUGGGCUACAUCUACUCUCUGAGCCUCCUGACUCUGUUGCUGCCUGGUUUGAGCCAGGGCAGUCCCAUCAUGUCACCUGAGGAGCUUCGAAGGGGCCCUGGGGCUAGAGGUCUGGUGGAUACCUCCAUGUUGGAGCAGAAUGAAGACCUGGACAUGCAGGACUUUCAGGGUCAGUUUCUGUCCACGUUGAACCUCACAGAGCUGGGCCCCCGGCCAAGGCCCCGUGCAGCCCGUAAAGAGCCACCAGAAUACAUGCUGGAACUGUACAACCGCUUUGCCAACGAUCGCACGGCCAUGCCCUCUGCCAACAUAGUGCGUAGUUUCAAGAAUGAAGAUUCCUCCUUCUACAGUGUGACGAUCAGGGGCGUGAGGACACACCCCCUGCUGUUCAACAUCUCCAUCCCCCACCACGAGCACAUCCUCACCGCCGAGCUCCGCCUCUACACCCUGGUCCAGAGGGAUCGCAGAUGCUACUCCGGCCUUGACCGCAAGGUGACCAUCUACAAGAUCCACGGGGGGGGGCACUGGAGGAAAGAAGAGGGGAGGGACGGAAGAAGGAAUGAGCAGGAGACAGACAAAAUGGAGGAAAUGGAGGAGCUGGCAACCCGGCAAGUCUAUGGUAAAGACGAUGCCUGGAUUACCUUCGACCUGACCCAUCAGGUCAACCUUUGGCGGAAGGCAGAGAGCUCCACCCACCGUCUGGAGGUCCACAUUGCAAGUCUGGGUUCUGAUGGUGGGAAGACCCCCCAGGUCAGAGAAGAGGAUGGAAGGAAAGAGUUGGUUGAUGUGGAUGUUGACAUGGGCUCAGAUGGUAAACACAUGCCAGUGGUGAUCGUGUUCUCAGAUGAUCAGAACAGAGACCAUCGUGAGGAGGACAAGCGGGAGCUCAACCAGUUUACAGAACAUGAGAAUGACCUGCUGGCUGACCUGGAGCCGAGUCCACAGGUGAAUUGGGGGGACCAGGCUGGGAGCAAUGCUAGGAACACUGAUGGAGAGGAGCUGGACGAGGAGACUCUCAUACAACUGUACUCCAACCUCAUUUACGACACGCCUCCCCGAAUCCGCCGCAACACCAAGGGUGACCCCUGUAAGAAGACCCCUCUCUAUGUGGAGUUUAAGGACAUUGGCUGGGAUACCUGGGUCAUACAGCCCCUGGGCUAUGAAGCCUAUGAGUGCAAUGGUGUAUGCAGCUACCCUAUGACCUCUGAGGUCUCGCCUACCAAGCACGCCAUUGUCCAGAGUCGGCUGAGCAGUAAGAUUCCACAGAAGGCGUCACCAGCCUGCUGUGUUCCCACCAAGUUAGAGCCCAUCGCACUCCUUUACGUCGAGGACGGAGGAGUGGUCACCUACAUGCACAAGUACGAGGGCAUGGUGGUGUCAGAAUGCGGCUGUAGAUAGUCAUAGAACUGACUGUAGGUUCAGGAGAGAGGUAUAGAGACUGUGGAUUAACGUAGACUGAGUGGUCAUCAAUUUCACUAUCAAGAAGAAAAUCAGAUCAAAAGUGCCUAUUUGAAAAUAAUACAUUUCUGCAAUCAUUAAGGAUACUUGCUUUGUGAGCUACUAGCAGACAUAUAGUGUAAACAGAAUGGAUACAGUACACCAUAUUAAGGGCAUGAAUAAUUUCUAUAUCUAUAUUUUGCAGCAUCAACUACAUUGUAUGACAAAGAUAAACAGUGGAGGCGUAAAUAGGAAGAUGACAUAGCAAGAGGGUCCUGCCUGUAUGUGCAUUCAAUUAUGUACAUUUCCCAUUUGUAAAAGUACAUUUCUUAUUAUAUUGAGAUUAUAUAAAUGCUAUUUUACAAUGCCAGCAAUAUAAUUAUUUUUUAAAAAGAAAAAAAAUGUGAAAUGUGAAUAUCAUGCUGUUCUUUGUAGUUUGUGAUCAUACAUUUGACUUUCAUUUUGGCGAUAUUGGUAUGUACCGUCAGAUAUGCACAAAACUUUAUUGGUUUAAGUAGCUCUUGGUUUAAAUGGUUGGUCCUGUAUGGCUUAGUUGGUAGAGUAUGGCGGUUACCAGGUCAGUAUUGUGGGUUUGAUUCCUGUGUCCACCCAUAUGUAAAAUGUAU